UUAUGGUCUGAGCUGACAGAGACACUGUCAGAGCUGGACAGCAGUGGGAGAUUUGAAUCCGACACUUCAUUUAGAGAGACAUCACAUCCCAGAAAGGUUCAUAAACUUCUUCAAGGAUGAGCAACUUCACUCGCUCCCUGCUGACUGCCCCCCUCCCCAUCAACGAGACGAACGUCGAGGACGACAGCGUCGAGGACGACAGCGUUGUGAGCAAUGACUUCUCCACCACGUUGGGCGCCCUCAUCCUCGGCCUGGUCUUCCUCCUGGGCGUCCCCGGCAACCUCUUCAUCGUCUGGAGCAUCCUGGCGCGCAUCCGGCGACGCUCGGUCACCACGCUCCUCAUCCUCAAUCUGGCGUGCGCCGACGGCUUCCUCAUGGCCCUCACCAUCUUCUUCAUCAUCUACCUGGCCAAGCAGACGUGGAUCUUCGGCAACCCCAUGUGCAAGACCCUGUUCUACUUGUGCAACGCCAACAUGUACGCCUCCAUCUUCCUCAUCACCCUGAUGAGCGUGCACAGGCUGGUGUCCGUGGUGUUUCCGCGGAAACUGUCCUACAUGAUCAGCAGGAAGGUGGUGACGAGGGUCAUCGUGGGCAUGUGGGUGCUGGUGAUGGUCAUUGCUAUCCCUUCGCUGGUGUUUCGAGAUGUGAGAGAAGACAGCGACGAGAAGAACAGAACCAGACACGUGUGUGCGCCCAAUCACACUGAGGCCCGACAUGUGAGGUUCCAGUACGCCUUCGAGACAGUGGCCGGGUUCAUUCUUCCCUACGCCAUCAUCAUAACCAGCUACGUUCUCAUCCUGAGACGCCUCAGGCAGACCAAGUUCCGCCGAAAGAUCCGCAGCGAGAAGCUCAUCCUGGCUAUCGUGGUGAUGUUCGGCCUGUUCUGGCUGCCGUACCACGUCAUCAACAUGAUACAGGUGGCAGCUGAGUGGUACAAAGAAGAUUCACCCACAAGAGAGAUAUUGGACCACAUCUCUCAGUCCAGUCGUGCCGUCACCUCGGCCCUGGCCUUCAUCAGCAGCUGUGCCAAUCCCGUCCUCUACACCUUCGCUGGGAAGUCGUACAUCAAGCAGAACGGCUUCGCCUUCAUGGCGAAGCUGUUCGAGGGGACGGCGUCCGAGUCGCUGGGCAACAAAAAGAGCAGAUGGGGGGGUAAAGACAAUGCGGGACACAGCAACACUGACUCUCCGAACAACACCUCGACUGCAAUGACUGGAAAUGAACUUUGAGAUCAGAAUGGACUUUGUACAGAAAUGGAAAAUUGCGAAGCUGCAUGUGGAGCAUGUUGACUUUGUUGCGAGGCAGCAGACGAGCCAAAGUGCUGAAAUAUGAGUUUUAUUGCUGAAUAAUGGUGGCUGCACCUUUAUACCUGUAUACCAGGACUGUAAAUAGUUUUUUUAUUUUUUACAUUUUUAGAGUUCCAGACAACAGCACAAUACAUGAUACUGUAAUGACUUACUAAACACACUUCAAUGCAUUUGUAAAUAAUACAUAUAAUAAAUGCUUUAUAAAACACUAUAAA